GCUGAUGACUGGGAAGUGUGAAAUACUUCUGAGCACCCUAUUACAUCACAUGCCCAUUGAAAACAAACAUGUCGUUCUUCGGAGUUGGGGGUGGCAAUCCCUUUGCCACACUUGUUGGUCAAAGAAUUGAGCAAGCCACUGAUGCAUCCUUGGCAUCAGAGAACUGGGCACUCAAUAUGGAAAUUUGUGACCUUAUUAACAGUACUGAUGAAGGUCCAAAGGAUGCCAUAAAGGCCAUUCGAAAGAGACUACAACAAAAUGCGGCAAGGAAUUAUACUGUUGUCAUGUACACUCUAACGGUUUUGGAGACAUGUGUGAAGAACUGUGGGAAACGUUUCCACAUCCAUGUUUGUAACAAAGAAUUUGUACAAGAUCUGGUGAAGCUCAUUGGCCCGAAGAACGAUCCACCUACUGCUGUCCAAGAAAAAGUAUUGAGUCUCAUUCAAAGUUGGGCAGAUGCUUUCCGAAACCAACCUGAUCUUUUGGGCGUAGUGCAGGUGUAUAGUGAUCUCAAAGUAAAGGGUAUUGAGUUCCCCAUGACUAACUUGGACACAAUGGCACCGAUACAUACACCUCAAAGGACUCAGGAACCAGAAGUUGGGGAGGAAGCAGCUGCUACACCUGCUCUCCCUCGACCCUCAAGCCCGCGGGCUCAUGCUCCUUCCAACAUAAAUGCAGCAGCACCAGAAUCACUGCAAAACGUCCAACUGACACCUGAUCAGCUUGCUAAACUCCAGAGUGAGCUAGAUGUGGUCCAAGCAAACAUGGCUGUACUCAAUGAAAUGCUGAAUGAACUUACACCAAGAGAAGAGCAUCCUAGUGAUCUGGAACUUCUAACAGAGUUGCACAGUACUUGUCAUGCAAUGCAACAACGCCUUGUGCAAUUGAUUGGCAAACUUGCUAAUGAUGAAAUCACCGCCGAGCUGCUGCGGAUCAAUGACCUCCUUAAUAAUUUAUUUUUAAGGUACUCAAGAUUUCAGGGUAAUAGAGAACGAGGAGACAAGGAUCAAAGAAAAGAAAAGCAGGUGGAAUCGCUUAUUGAUUUGGAUGAUGAUCCAGCACCUCAACAAAUUACUUCCAAGCUGGCGUCUCUUAGUGUUACUGAUUCCGGAGCUUCAGCCCAGUUAUCAAAUUUGACAAGUGUAUCUGCUCAGCAAGGAGCUCAUGGCAAAAGGGAAAAGGAAGAUGACUCAGAGUUUGAUAUGUUUGCCCAGUCUAGGAAUGUUACAUAUGAGUCAUCAAAGAGUGGAGGAAGUACAUACCAAGACAAUCUAAAGCCGGAUCAAGUGAGUGGAUCUUUAGGUGUAGUAGCAGCCUCUAGAAGUCAGGCUUCCUCGUCUCAGCAGGAACAAAUUAUCGGGAUGCAUAAGGAGAGUGAUUUUGAUGAAAUGGCUGAGUGGUUGGGUGAUGCACCUGCUGAAGAAAGUAUGACAAGCAGUGAAUUUGAAAGAUUUUUGGCAGAACGUGCUGCUGCUGCAGAAAAUGCAGGGAACACAUCUUCAGAUGCCACUACACGUGCCCAGCAGCGUCACAAAAAAGAUGACGAUGCUUCAUUAUUUGCUCUUUGAGGUUGGUGUUGGAUUGCACUUUGAACCAAAUGUCAUUACCCAAUGCACUUUGUUAUAUAUAAGUAAUUACCAAUCUCUAUGACUCUAUAAAUUCGUGACAUGGUCUGUGGUGUAUCUAUUAAUAGAAAAUGUUAUGAUUUGCAUUUUAUUUCAUAUCUAGAAUGUAGUCGCCUCUUACAUUCCCUCUAUUUUCCCUUUUCUCUGGUUACAUUAUAUCUUUUAAGAAAAGCGCUGUACUCAAUUCAAUCUCUUAUCAGGGAGGAAUACCCCAGCUAUUAGUUUGCCUUGCAAAAUUCUGUCAUCUUUUGCAACUGCAUUUGUAAUUUUUUGAACUAUUUGAGAGUUGAUGGGAAAUAUUAGUGUUCUUACAGAAUGUCAUUGCUUUGAACUCAAUUUUAAUAGUGGCUGUGUGCAAAAUAAUUUGUCUAGUUUGUAUGUAAAUGUUUAUCUGGUGGACAUGUUUCUGAAAGUGAAAUGUUGUAGAUACUUGUAUUUAAAAGUGUUCUUCUUCUUUUUUUUACCAAUGAUAAAGAUUGUUAAGGCAUUAGUUUUGAUUGUGUGAUUUUAAAAAACUGUUUGCUUUGUUAAGGACCUUUAUGAAAGUACAUGGUGAAAUCAACUUCUUAUACCCGGUGAUAGUAUACUUUUCACACUUUUAUCAGUUCUAGUGGUCUUCUUUUAUUCUGUUUACUUCCUGAUUGAAGUUCAAAGUGCUCUUAGUUAUGUAGGUACCACUCCCCAAUUUGUUUAUCUGAUAAAAGUACAUAUGCUUAUGAGGAUUUUACUACUGUUGUGUUGCCUCAUCACUUUUAGUAAUUAUCCUCUGGAUGAGUAUGUAGUGCAAUCCCUCAUUGGCUUUAUUGUUUACAAAUAUUACUCUAUAAACACUUGCAGGAUGUUCCAUCAUAGAUCAUUUCAAUGUGCAUCUUUUAAUGCUGUACCUUAAAGAGCCUUUAAAGAGAUUGAUUGUAUACAGUCUCACCAUCUUACAUGGAUUUAGUCAUUGACAAUUUAGAAUCAUAUACCCACCUAGUGUUUUCAUGGUUUGGUUGUUAUUUUGGGUCUGUGUUCUGGGAUUUUAGCAAGUGGGUGAUUGGGAAGUCAAAUUUUGUACAAUGUUUUUAUGUGAUGGCGGACUUGUCACAAUGACAAUGACCAUGACUUUGCUGAGUUGGAAACUUGUAAAACCCUAUCUGCAUAUUCUUGAGUCUCAUAUUUGAAAUGACCCGGGCUAUUUCAUAAGUCUCAAUCAGUUUUAAUCAGGGUCAAAUUACAGUUGGUAUUUCCAUUUGGUCCUAUGUUGAUCCUUUCAAGCCUCUGCAUUAUUUUCUGUCGAAAGCAUUUUUUUCUGUACUAUGUACGGUACUUAGUGCAUAACUCGUGAGGAAGGUAAUAGUACAUAUGAUGGUUAGCGUUACCACUUUUUAGGCUGAUUUGAUUUGUGUAUGCUUUACUUUUCACUUUGGCAGUUGGCAUGGAAAUCAAUCAAUUGAAGAAGUGUUUACCAUUUUGUUAUAAUUUGUUUUGUUUUUUUGGUUAGGUCAUUAAUGAGCUUGUUUUUCGUUACAUGUUAUUAUGUUUACUGCAAAGCAAUGAAAUUAUUCUCCUGAUUCCACACAGGAAGGCAUGGAUUGAAAUGGGUAUGGACUAGAGGUAGCCCCUGUAUUGCUUCCCCCUUAAAAUUGUCCAGAAAUUUGUUACUUUGUAUUUAUUUGUACUUACAAUAAUAUUUAAAAUAUUUUACCACCACAUCUUUUUAAACAAUUUGUAAGCCUCCAGAUCUGGUUUUUAAAAUAUCAUUGAGCUUUGAUCAUAUUCACUAUUAUUUUGUCAAAGUUUUUAAUUAUCUAUCCAAUGUUAUAAACAAUGAAACAUGUAAAGUUAUUGUAAAAUUUAGCUUUCAAAAGUUGUAGGCUAAAGUUGUGAGUCUUUGUGGAAAAAUAUGAAAAAUAUCACUCCAAAAUUUGUAGUUUUGGGUUUGCCAGCAAGGGAGCAAUGACUGAAAUGAUGCUUCCUUGAUGUGUUUGGGUAUUGCUUCUUUGUGUCUCAAUAUCUCAGUUUGAGUUGCCCUCAAAUUAUUUUGCUGAUAAUGAUAUUGUGAUUGAAGAUAACAUAUUCCCAUUGCAUAUGUUAUUGGUCUGGAAUCAUUUUAAUCUAGAGGAUUCAAAGUUACUCAAUUGAUAAUGUCUACUUAUUCAGUGCCAAUUCUCUUUCGACUGCAUCUUUUAAAAGUUUUAAUGCUGCAGUAUCAAUAUUGUUCUUCUAGAUUGGAAUGUUAGACUGCCAAGAUAGCUUUGUUAUACAUUUUCCACAGAGAUUUGUGUAGAUCAGGGCUACAUCUAAAAUCUCUCCAUCUAGUCUUUCAGAUCAUUAUAAGUUUAUAUGACUGGUGUGAUUCAUAGUCAUUUUUUCUGACAUAGGAACGCAAUCAGAGCAACCUUUUCUUCUGACUCACCAGUAUCCAAUAUCUUUGAUGAUGUGGCAACUUUCUCAAACUGUAAAUUUGUUACUUUGAGAUAGAAAAGGAAAAAAAUGUACUAAUGUUGUUUCUCUUCUAGCUUUGGUUUAUUAGUUCAGAAGUUACAAAACCUUCUCAAGGUAUAUUUUUCACUGCAUAGCUGCAUAAUUGUAGUUAACAAUACAACAGUAAUAUUUUUGGACUGAAGAUCUCUAGUUACUUAUCGAUAUGUAGCUAUUGUAAUAAAUCUUAUUGAUGUGCUGCUGUAUUUGUCACAUAUACUAUGUGUAUUAACACCUGUAACUUUAUUCGUUAUUCCUGCUUGUUAUUUAUUUUUUUUCUUUUAUAGUUCAGAUUUAUAAACCUGAAGAGUAUUUUUAUUAAAAUAUCUAGGAACAUUACACUUCCUUAGGAAAGAAAUAAUGUUAACCUUACAAGGGAAGGUUUUCCGGUGAUACAGUCAGAUUUUAAUGGCACUUUAAAGUGUAUAGUUGUUUGCAUCCCUAGAUAAGGUUUGGCACUGGUUUUAGCUUCCCGUAGGGAGUUUGAAGGCCAUUUUACGCGAAUUUGAUCAAAAAUCCCCCAAAUGUAUUGCUUUAUCGCCAUCUUUGCAUGCAUGUAUCUCCGAAACUGUUUGUGCUACAGCGCCCAGAUUUUGCAGGAAGUUUUCUUCCAGUGAGCACUUUCCAUGAAAAAUAUUUGAACAAAAUCGGUGGGGGUCACCAAAAGGGGUCCAGGGUCGUAACCACCUCUCGGGACCCGUUUUUGCGACCAUAUUCUAUUUUGUUUAAAUUUCCUACAAGUAAAGAACGUACCGAGUUAUGAUUUCCCUCAAAAUGUGGGCGCUGUAGCUCAAACGGUUCUUGAGAUAUGUGCAUGUAAAGUUGAUAAUCGGGCUAUAAAUUUGGUGAAUUUUCAGUCAAAUUCGCGUACAAAGACCUUCAAACCCCCUACGCGCAGCUAAAACCAGUGCCAAACCUUAUCUAGGGGUUCAAACAACAACACUUUAAGGCGCCAUUGAAAUCUGACUGUAUCACCGGAAAACCUUCCCUUGUUAGUGAUGUUACUUGUUUUAUUUCAAGUAAAAGCUUAUUACCAUCAGUUGCUCAUUCCACUUUCAAGUCAUGCAAGGUAAAAGCAGCAUUAUUCAGUGAAGUGGAAAGAAAUACCUAAUUCACUAAAAGUGUUUGUUUUUCAAAGUUGCUUCUUUUUGUGAUAAUAAAUAAAUUUCAAUAGAG